GGAAAAUAAUAACGCGUGAGGGGCAUCAGAAUCUCCGUCUUUUUCAAACUGGUCCUCUGUCAGUUAGCUAACGGAUUUAACGACACUACAGAAAAACUCCACAAAAAUAAAUGAGAGCGUGAGAAAACGUCGACGAGGUGACUUAAAUGUCGACAUUUGUGUGAGCCACACCGGAGAGGGAGAGAAGCGGCAUCUUUAACGAGCCAUAACGUCUCGGUCGCCUAACGUUAACGGACACGAGCGGGAAAAAACAGUAAGCCAUGUCGGUUAGCCGGGUUGGUGGGAGCCGGACGUUGCUGCUCGCCUCCACCGGGACUCGAGUUUCUCCAGGCCGCUGACUGGACACCGCUACACCGCAGGCAGAGAGGGCAGACCUUCUCGAACAGUCCGAGCUCUUUCCGAACGCAGCUUCGUCCGAGCUCGGCCACCUGGGACCAUGCUGUCCAUCCUGGCCGCGGGCUCUGUGUUUUUCCCAGGGCUUUUCCUCUUGUCUAAGCAGUGUCUCAAGCGGCUGCCUGGUCUGAGAUGGAGCGAGGGAGAUGCUGUUACAGUAUCUGCCAGGUUGGUGUCAUCCAUCCAAGCGGUUAUGGCUUCCUCGGCUGGUUACAUCAUCUCGACUUCCUGUGAUGACAUCAUCGAGGAUCAGCACUGGCUCACCAGCUCGUACAUCCUGUUCGCUGUGCCCUACUUUGUGUACGACAUCUAUGCCAUGUUCCUGUGCUACUGGCACAAGCUUCAAGUCAAAGGUCACGAGGUGGACAACGGCCCCAAGUCGAAGUCCGUGGUGCUGACCAGCUACCUCCGCCGAGAGUUCCUCAUGGUCUUACACCACGUCGUCAUGGUCACUGUGUGCUUCCCCAUCUCUGUGUUCUGGAGGCAGGGGAAGGGCGAUUACUUCCAGGGCGUCAUGUUCCUGGCUGAACUCAGCACUCCCUCCGUCUGCCUGGGCAAAAUCCUCAUUCAGUACAAGCAGCAGCACACGCUACUUCACAAAGUGAAUGGGGCGCUCAUGCUGAUCACUUUCUUCAUCUGUCGAGUCCUUCUCUUCCCCUACCUCUACUAUGUUUAUGGCAGAUAUGCCUCCAUCCCUUUCUACCUGGUUCCGCUGGCGGUGCCCUGGCAGUGUAAUGCGGGCGCGCUGUUCCUCAUGGCUCCGCAGCUCUACUGGUUCUCCCUCAUCUGCAGGGGGGCACUGCGCUUGUUCACUGGCCGCUCCUCAUGCCCCCGACCACCUGCCUCUUCCUGCCCAGACGCACGCGGCCCCUUCCCGUCCCCUCGGCCGGCCAACGGCUACAGCAGUCAGGUGGCUGCUCUGACCACGCCCACCAACUUGGGGCAUUGAGAGGAGGAGGAGAAGCUGGAGAGACUCUGGAUGGACAAAAUAUUGUUGUAUAUGAACUGCAUCACAAAAUGAGCCUGAAUCCAGAGCCGAGCUGGACCUGAGUGGGAACUGUGGAGCAUUUGCAGUGUAACACUAUGAUACUGCACUGCGUUUAGCUCUGAGACCCUUAAACUGCAUCUAGGGGCGCUUUAGUAGACCAACGAGAGCCGCACUGGAAAACAGACUCGACCGUAAUAAACUCCUGGUAGUGUUUGCACAACGGCCAAGCCUGUGUCAGCCGCAUAUGUUUGAGCCAACAGAGGAAAUAUGCAUCAUAAUUGUGCAUCUUACGGCACUAAAGGGGUCGUCAUGACGACUGUAUAGACUCGUAUGCAAAAGUCAAGUGACAAGUUUUGUCAAUUUUCAUAUCCAAAGUCCAUAUCAUCUACAGUAGGGCUGUCAAAUCUGACCACUGAAAUAGCUGUUUAAAAAAAUCUCAACAAAUCCGAGGGACAGAGAGCGAUUAUGUUUUAAUACACCAAAACACACACACACACACAUCUUCUAAGCCACUUAUCCUUCUGGAACGCGGGGGGGAGCUGGAGCCUAUCCCAGCAGUCACUGGAAAGGCAGGAUACACCUUGGACAGGUCAGUAGUCCAU